AUUCUUUUGUGACAUCAUUGUACUUUAUCCAAUGAAAUAUAGAGUUGUCAUUUUGAUCGUGUCUAGUUUAACCGACCCUUCGUUUCGACACGCCAUUGAUCAGAAGGGCAUCAUGUUCCGUUCUUUGAUAGAAACUGCACGGAGUAAUCCCCUGGCUAAACCGUUUUUUAGCGAAGCCAACUGUCAAAGCAAAAAUAGUGAUGUAAAGGGAACAGGGAUGGCUGCAGCCGCCGGAGGGGCUAAUGAUGUGAGCUGUGAAUUUGGAUCUAACAAAUACUAUGCCUUAUGCGGGUUUGGCGGUAUCCUCAGUUGCGGCAUUACCCACACAGCAGUAGUGCCCCUCGAUCUAGUAAAGUGUCGUAUCCAGGUCAAUCCCCAGAAAUAUGGUGGUGUUGUUAAUGGAUUCAAACUCACUGUCCAGGAAGGAGGUAUGAAAGAAUUGGGCAAAGGAUGGGCACCCACACUCGUUGGUUACUCAAUGCAGGGACUUUGCAAAUUUGGUUUCUAUGAAGUUUUCAAGAUUAUGUAUGGAAACAUGUUAGGAGAGGAAAAUACUUAUCUUUGGAGAACAUCUCUGUAUCUGGCAGCUAGUGCCUCAGCUGAGUUUUUUGCUGAUAUCGCCCUUUGCCCUAUGGAGGCUGUUAAAGUCAGGAUUCAGACACAGCCAGGCUGGUCCGGAACCCUUAGAGAAGGAUUUCCCAGAAUUCUUAAAGAGGAAGGUGUCAAUGGUUUAUACAAGGGAUUAGUUCCACUAUGGGCCCGACAGAUCCCAUACACAAUGAUGAAGUUUGCCUGCUUUGAAAGAACACUGGAGGCUCUGUACAAAUACGUCGUGCCAAAACCACGGUCUGAAUGCAACAAGUCCGAACAGUUGAUGGUCACCUUCUCAGCUGGUUACAUUGCUGGAGUAUUCUGUGCCAUUGUGUCCCAUCCAGCAGACACAAUUGUCUCAAAACUGAACAAUGACAAGGGAAGCAACUUUAUGAGUGCUGCCAAAGAAUUAGGAUUAAGAGGAAUGUGGAAGGGAUUGGGACCGAGGAUCAUCAUGAUUGGUACGCUGACCGCCCUGCAAUGGUUCAUCUACGACUCGGUCAAGGUCUACUUCCGUCUGCCCCGCCCACCACCGCCGGAGAUGCCCGAGUCUCUGAAACGCAAACUCAACGUUCAAUAAUAACAGCUGAGCUCUAGGAUUUAAUUCUAUUUUAAAAUUUAAUUUCUAAAAAGGGAAAGCCAGUUUACGUGAAUAUAUUUUUACCUAGUAUGAAAAAGACGGACAUUACAUUGUAUGAAUCUUUUUCUUGUGACAUUAACAUCUCAACAUUUCACCUACAUUUAUUUUUAUUUUUUUGUAGUGGGUUUGUAUGAUAUUACUUUGCAGCCAGGACUUUUUGAAUCAGAAUUAUAUAUUAAAAGGAUUUUAUCAAAUUCGGUGUCAGAUGGGAAAGUGGUAGAAUCGUGAUAGUUUGUGGAUUUUUAAUCUACUACCUUUUCCUGUAAGCACGUUUGCUUGUACAAGUUGCAGGAUGCUAGCUAAUUUGAUAAUAUUUGACUUUGAUUAAUUCCGUAACACAGAUCUGUUCUAUGAAACCAUGUCAUUACCUUGUCACUGCAUAUCUUUGUUGAAUUUUGACAGAAAAAAUAAACAUCAGAGUGGAUUAAAAA